ACAGACACAGCCCCUGCUGGCGCAGCCUCUCUGAUUCUCUCUCCUUCUCCGCGUCCAGCGCUGGGCUUUUUCAGACAAGUGCAAUCUCCUAACCAGGUCACAUUUCAGCCGCGACCCACCAUCCAUCUCUCACCGGAGUCAGACCGCAGGAGGAGGGCAGAGGAAGCUGAGCCAACCGCGGAGUGGGAGGAAGGACAUUAAAAUACUGCAGAAGUCAAGGGACUCCAGAUCGAACCCAGACCACGAUGCGCGCCCCGAGCUGCGGGCAGCUGGCGCUGCCACUGCUGCUCCUUGCCGCGGCCGCCCUGGCCGAAGGCGACGCCAGAGGGCUCAAGGAGGGCGAGACCCCCGGCAAUUUCAUGGAGGACGAGCAAUGGCUGUCGUCCAUCUCGCAGUACAGCGGCAAGAUCAAGCACUGGAACCGUUUCCGAGACGAUGACUACAUCAAGAGCUGGGAGGACAAUCAGCAGGGAGAUGAAGCCCUGGACACCACCAAGGAUCCCUGCCAGAAAGUGAAGUGCAGCCGCCACAAGGUGUGCAUCGCCCAGGGCUACCAGCGGGCCAUGUGCAUCAGCCGCAAAAAGCUGGAGCACAGGAUCAAGCAGCCUACCCUGAAACUCCAUGGAAACAAAGACACCAUCUGCAAGCCCUGUCACAUGGCCCAGCUCGCCUCCGUCUGCGGCUCUGAUGGCCACACUUACAGCUCGGUGUGUAAGCUGGAACAGCAGGCGUGCCUGAGCAGCAAGCAGCUGGUAGUGAGAUGCGAGGGCCCUUGCCCCUGCCCCACGGAGCAGGCUGCCGCCUCCACCACUGAUGGCAAACCAGAGACCUGCACGGGUCAGGACCUGGCAGACCUGGGGGAUCGGCUGCGGGACUGGUUUCAGCUCCUUCAUGAGAACUCCAAGCAGAACAGCUCCAGCAGCGGAGCCAGCCCCACCACUGGGUUGGACAAGAGUCUGGGGGCCAGCUGUAAGGACUCCAUUGGCUGGAUGUUCUCCAAGCUGGACACCAGUGCCGACCUCUUCCUGGACCAGAUGGAGCUGGCUGCCAUCAAUCUGGACAAGUACGAGGUCUGCAUCCGUCCCUUCUUCAACUCCUGCGACACCUACAAGGAUGGCCGGGUCUCCACUGCUGAGUGGUGCUUCUGCUUCUGGAGGGAGAAGCCCCCCUGCCUGGCGGAGCUGGAGCGCAUCCAGAUCCAGGAAGCUGCCAAGAAGAAGCCAGGAGUCUUCAUCCCGAGCUGUGACGAGGAUGGCUACUACCGGAAGACGCAGUGUGACCCAAGCGGCGACUGCUGGUGCGUGGACCAGCUGGGCGUGGAGCUGACAGGCAGUCGCACGCAUGGGAGCCCCGACUGCGACGACAUCGUGGGCUUCUCGGGGGACUUUGGGAGCGGCGUCGGCUGGGAGGACGAGGAGGAGAAGGACACAGAGGAAGCCGGCGAGGAGGCCGAGGAGGAGGAAGGAGAGGCGGGUGAGGCCGAUGACGGAGGCUACAUCUGGUAGAUGGCUGCGGGGAGCCGGGCAGGCCAGGGCGCCGAUGGCCGGGGGAGACGGGCCGGCAGAGACCUGGACAGAUGCAGGCAGCCUAGUGAACGGAACCAGAAAAUGCAGUGGAAGGACCUGCCUCCAAUGGGCAGACUGGACGUGUGAGUGUGCAUGGCAUGUGUGAGUCACGUGUGUCUGGGUGUGUGACUGUGUGUGCUUGAGUGUAUGCGCGCGUGUGUGCGCGUGCGGCAUGCGCUGACGUGUCCUUGGCCCACACUGCUCCUGGCAGAGAGCCACCCAGAAGCCCCCUUGGUCUCCACGUGCUGUUUCCCUUCCAUUAGUCAUUGGUUUCAGAAUACACACAUUUGUAGCCAUACACUCACCACAAGGUCAAAACUGAUGAAAUGAGAUGCCCCCAGUCACGGCUGCUAACUGAGUCCAGCCCCACCUGACACCCUGGGGUUCCUUGAUCUGAUUUGCUGUGGCUCUACAGCCCCGCCUCCCCUUGUCCAUGCCUGCCCUUCUCCCUCCUCCUUUGGGGUCCAGCUCUGGCCUGAGGGAGUGUCCCCGCUGCAGGGAGUUCUCUGCUGGCUGGGUGUCCUCCCAGGCUGGGCCGAUGGGCCUGUGACAUCCCUACCCGCCUCAGAUGAGACGCGCAAGGACACCCAGCCACAGCAAGCCUCUUCCCUGUGCUGGAUUCCCGAGCACUAGUGAAACCGUCCUAUCCCAAGCCAGUGUGACCACAGGUGCCGAGAAGGCGAGAAGGUGCUGGGAACAGCAGCUGAGAGGCGGGGGGAGGGGAAGGCCCGGCUGUGUGAGGUCCCUGUCGAGAGAGAGAGGGUGGAGUAGGGGGGAAAGGAGGAGGGGCCGGCUCAGCAGGCAGAUCCACGGUUGCAGGUACUGUGUGGAGUUUUUAGAAGUGGAGGUGGGGGCAGCCCUGGAUGCCACACCCAGGGAUCGCCCAGCCCCUCUCUGUGUUAGAGAUUGAUUUGGGGUUUUGGGUGGGGGUGCUGGACUAGGGCUGGUCUUUUGGAGGGGAAUGGGCAAGGGUUGUGCAGAUGACCAUUUGGCUUCCAUGUGGUGUAUCUGUGGGGUGCUGCUCCUUCUUCUGCUCCCUUGCUGGGGUCCCCUUGUCUACUCUAGGGAGUCUGAGGAUCAGAAACAGCAGGUGAGGGGCCUGGGUCUUGGCUAGGGGUUUGUCUGUGUCCAUUUCUCCCUGACCCCUUAACUAAACGCAUCUCUCCCUCCCAGACUCAUGAGAAGGGCUGUCCCUGAGACCCCUUAACAGAGCAGUUGAGAGCUGCAGCCUUCCUGCUCUGGAGCCCAUCAUCUCUCUCCAUCUUCCUCUUUCUCAAGGGAGAGGCUCCAGUAGCCAUUGCCAACCCCCCAUCUCAGCCCUCGGGGUCUCCCUCUCUCCGCUCUGAAGCUCCCUAGGACUGCUCUCAUGAUGGGGUUCCCCAGCUCUGUUUUGAAGCUGUGUAGUGUUUGGAAGUAGUGACAGGUCAGAGGGGACAAGACUGAGAGCAGCUGGGCUCUGAAGCCACACCUCACUGUUCUCCCAAAUCUUACCAGAUGGGAGCCAGGUUUGAUGAGAAGGGGCCCGUUCGUUUGUUUGUUUGUUUUCCUUGUAUGUCCAACUCUUCCUUUGAGGCAAAUUCCUGAACAACUUUGGUGAAAGAUUUCUUACCUGGACUUGGCCUCCUGAUACCCUUCUGGGUGUAGUGAGCACUCUGUGUGUGUGUGUGUGAGUGUGUGUGUGCAUGUGUGUGUGCACCUGGGGGCCAUCCCAAGUGGCCUGUGAGUGUGCGGUGGGACA